GUCCAGCGCUCGGCCCACAGACCCCCACAGGUCCGUCGAGCCGUGGUUCUGACGGGUCAGCACCGGCUCUCUGACACCGAGGUCCGACUGCACCAGCUGGUGCUGCAGCAGAUGGACUUUGAGGUCCAGUUGUCCCAGUACGCAGAGACCAGCUGGUUUCUGAGGAGCCAUGAGGGUGUUAGUAGGUGGAGCCUCCUGCUGUGUCUCAGUAGUUCGGAGCGCAGCUGUCUGAGGAAGAUCAGCUUCUCUUACCUGCAGCAGCAUCAAAUGGUGAACCUGCUGCCCAGACUGAAAGAGGCAUUUUCAGACGCAGGUGGAGGCCUGUGUCACUUCUACACUGACUCCCACCUGGCAGGUGAGUCUGUCUCAGAGUCAGAUUUACCCAUGAUGCCUCGGUCCUGUGGGUCGACCAAUCACAAGCCUGACUCUCCUGAAGACAGUACGGUGGCUGCAGAGGGACACACAGCAGCUGUCCAUCACAGGAAGACGUUCUUCUUCUGCUGCUGCGCUUCCAUCAGCAGCUGACCACGCCCUCAUCCUUCCACCUGCUGUAUCCCAGCUCCUCCUCCUCCUGUAGCUCCUCCUCCUCCUCCUGCAGCUCCUCCUCCUCCUCCUGAAGUCAUCUUGAUCUCUCAGACCUCCUCCUCAGGAUCAGUCAUUACUAUGAGCUGCAGACAA